AUGCAUUUCCAGCUCCUCUCUUCGGCCAUCCUCCUCGGCGCCUUGUCGACCGCUUCCGCAGAGUCCAAAUUCAACCCCCUCGAGCAUCUCACCGGCAUUUCGCCCUACUAUUUCCCCAAACACCCGCCUCUGGACGGAGCGGCGCCCCAAGGAUGCAACGUGACGCGCGCCGCGUACCUCGUACGACACGCCGCUAUUUACGCCAAUGACUUUGAUUACGAGUCCUACCUCGAGCCGUUCAUCGACAAGCUGCGGAACACCACCCAGGACUGGUCGUCGGUCGGCGGACUGCAGUUCUUGGGUAACUGGUCGGCGCCCGUGAGUGAGGAGCACCUGGAGAAAAUCACCCGAGUCGGAUACCACGAGGCCAACUCCUUGGGCUCGACCUUGCGGAAACGUUACUCUGGACUCAAGGCGCCCGAGAAGGUCUGGUCGUCUAGCGCCGACCGCACGGUGCGCACUGCCGGUGGCUUCAUUGCCGGGUUUACCGGCCAGAAGAAUAGCAGCGUGCAUCUAGAACAGGUUGAGGAAAGCAAGGACAGCGGUGCCGACUCGUUGACCCCAUACAAGAGCUGCCCGGCGUAUAGCGGAUCGUACGGAAGCGACCAGUCCCAGGAAUGGGUCGACCGCUACACCAAGCCCAUCAUCGAGCGCCUUAACAGCAAGGCCUCGACCUUCAACUUCACCGUCUCCGACGUCGUCGCCAUGUUCGAGCUAUGCGGCUACGAGACCGUCAUCCGCGGAUCGUCGGGCUUCUGCUCGCAGGACCUCUUCUCGCAGGACGACUGGCUUGCUUUUGAAUACGGCGAGGACGUCCGAUACUUCCACAACGCCGGCUACGGUCGCGACGUCACGCCGCGCAUCGGAUACCCCUGGGUCAAAGCGAGCGCGGACCUGCUGGACGACUCGGCCUCCAAGCAGGAUCUGUACGUCUCGUUCACCCACCGCGAGCUGCCGCCCAUGGUCAUCACCGCCUUGGGCCUGUACAACAACACUGCCUUCUCGGGUGCCAACAACAUCAACGGCACCAUGCCGACCGAUCGCAUCAACUACAACCGCGCGUGGGUGAGCAGUCGCAUCCUGCCGUUCUUGACGAACAUCGCCAUCGAGAGAAUGGAGUGCGAUAGCUUCGGCUACGACGAGGGUGACUACUAUCGUGUGCUGGUCAACGCCGGUCCCCAGCCGCUGGUCGAGUGUCGCGACGGCCCUGGAGAUAGCUGCUCGGACGGGAUAUUCAAGGACUUUGUCAAGGAACUGGGUGGUCUGUAUGGUGGUGACUUCGAUACUUUCUGCGGCACGAGCAGCAACAUUUCGCAGACCUUGAGCAUUUACGAAUAA